AUGUUAAUCUGUUUGUUUACGUUUUUACUUUUAAUAAGAUUUUUUUAAAUAGAAGAUUUUUAUUAAAUUUGUGAAUAUGGCUGACGAUGACUAUUGGAAUACAAGUGAAACUAAAACUAAAGCGUUUAGCUUUGACGAUGAUGUGUUAACUCCUCAAGAAAUCCUCGCAAUUGGUCAAAAGUCUUACCCAGGACAAUCACAGAAUGUGUUCACUUCAACUGUCAGUAAUGUUAAAACCACACUUCUACCUCUGACAAGUUUAAUUUCACCCAAAGUUUUGGAUUUAAUUCUAUUAGCACAAUCUGGCAAAGAUCCAAAAGACAAACCUGAACCAGAGCAAACAGUCGCAGUAACACUAAAGAGGUUAAUUCUGGGUCGAAGUGUCUUAUUGCAUACACAUCGUAGCCUAAAAAGUAAAACUGAACUACUGGAUGGGGCAAUAGCUAUUGGUGAUGGAAAUGCUAUUUUAACUGUGGUACUUUUCCUGAUUCAAACACUAAAUAAGAAGCUUGUGUAUGAGCUGUUAUCAUCGCGACCGUUAGCGUUGAAUCAUUAUAUUAGUUUCCUUCAAAUUGAAGGCAAAAUCACAGACCUCACCGAUUUACUUGCAAUGCUCGGAAGGAGUCCAGAAGCAGCGGUCUAUCAGUUCCAGCAUAUAGUGAAAACACAAGGGAACAGUGUCGAGGGGUUGUUGAGGAAACUAAAUAAUUUGUUAUCAAAUCAUUUCAACCAACCCGGAGUGGACGCCCAUCAAACUAAAAUGGUCACAGAUUAUGUUAAAUUAUUGGAAUGGCAGAAAUGCGCCAAUAAAAUGGAACUGAACAACAAAUCAACAUUACAUUGCUUGUCCUAUUGUUGUACGAAUCAUUGGAACGAGGGAGCGGGUAAUAUGAUGUCACCGCUCACGCUUUGCCAACGACAACAGGUGACGCCAUUGCAGUAUGACUGGGUGGUUUUAAAUGUUCACGCGAAUUCCAACAAAUGGGACAUCGUCGAAUCUCUAUUUACGAAAAAGGACUGGCUCGGCCGUACAACAGUGUCGUCCCACAUACCGAUGGAGACGCUUCUAUCGAGACUGAGCGAGUUGUCCGCCAGCAAGCAAAUGUUGGCCACUUGCCUCAACAAGAUACAGAGUUCAGAGGAUCGACUCAGAUUAGGGCAAAAAUAUAAGGUACAUUCCGUUGUAAUCGAAACACUAGCAAAGCAGAAGGACAGGGCGACUCUGACUAAUUACAAAAUGACCUUGAAUCCUCAAUCAGAGGAGUACAUCCUUGCUGAUAACACGCUCAGAGAUGCGUCGAUAAAAUGGAAGAAUUGAAAAUGACCUCGGCUGCCUGGCAUUGAAAGCUAAUGUAACCUUAUCAUAUUUAUUGAAGCCUCCGCGAGUAUCUACAUCACAUCGCUUUAAAGCUUAAUAAAGUUUGUGUCAUAUAUAUUAUAGUUUUAAGUGACGACGGAAUCCAAAAUUGGAAGGAUAAUCAAAAUAUGCGUACAGAAAAUAAUCCGUUGUUACCGAACAACCCGUAUAAUAAAUUCUAAUUGAUUAUAUCAAAUAAUUCUUUAUUCAAGAUGGCUUGCAGUUUUAAAUCGUCAUGUUACAGUAUUGAAUUAAAUGUAAAGCGUGGUAUUUUUUUCUGAAUGUAGAUUCUACCGAGACCGGCAAGGAAAUCAGUAGUUACUCCUUUUCACUUUAAUUACAGUGUCAAUCGAAUACAACUGAAUUUAUUCAUAUCUGGUUUGUAAAUGCCUCGGCCAUGAAUUUUGAUUCGCGUGUGGUGAAAAAUAUAACUAUACAGUCGCUCACGGCCUUCGCGGGCGUUCGCGUCGCGCGUGUAGCGCGGGCAUUACGUACAAUACUAUUUAUUAUCUGUGAAAUAAUUAGAAUUGUAUGUUUAUCUGUUCUCUUACUGUUAUUAUUCGAAAACUUUGUAAGGAAGUUGUUUAAUUUCUAAGUCAACGCUUUGUAUGACAUUCGCUUAGUCUUAUGUUUUUGUUAUUUCUCUUCGAUAUUAUUAUGAGAUUAUAUUCUAUGUAAAAAUGUAUUUAAAAACACAAAUAUUACACAUUAUCUAA